AUGGAUGCCUCCAGGGCCUCCAGGGCGCAGAAGGCAAACGCCCAGUCUUCCACACCAGCCCGUCUGGCCGGCUUGCACGGGAUCGAAGCGACAGACGCGCUCCCCGGAGCGCCGGGGGCCGACCGACCGGGGGCGGCUGCACGAGUCACGGCGGGCGGAGGCGGCGCCGCCCUGCGCUCCGCCGCGGACCCCGCCGCGCCCAGGUCCCGGGCGAGGACCGAGGGCGCCGGCCAGGAGAGGGAGGGCGCCGCGGGACCCCGGGACCUCCGGGCCGGGCCCCAGACCGGGGGGCCUCCGCGCGCGGCCGGGGGCGCCGACGCGGCCGGCCCGGGUCCGAGGCCUCCGACCCCCCGCCUCCGGCGGGCGGCCUGCGGGGCCAUGUCCGGGGGCGCGGGCUCCCGCCGGCCGGCUCCCCGGAGCCUCAGCUGCGUGUGGGACCUGGACGCCCGCGCGGCCCCGGCGCCCGCGCCGUCGGGCCGCGAGCCCCCGCCGCGGCCCAUCAUCCAGCGGCGGGCCCGCUCGCUGCCCAGCUCCCCCGAGCGCCGGGCGAGGGCGGCGGGCGGGGCGGGCGCGGCGUGCGGGCCGGGCUGCCGCCGCCAGCUGCGCGUGCGCUUCGCCGACGCGCUGGGCCUGGAGCUGGCGCAGGUCAAGGUGUUCGACGCCGGGGACGACCCGUCGGUGCCGCGGCACGUGCUGUCCCGGCUGGCCGCCGGCUCGGAGCGGUGCUGCGGCGGCGGCGGCCCGGACCCGGAGUUCGCCCUGCGGUGCCUGGUGCCCGACUUCCCGCCGCCCGUCGAGGCGGCCGACUUCGGCGAGCGCCUGGGCCGGCAGCGCGUGUGCCUGGAGCGCGUCACCUGCUCGGGCCUGGGCGUCGCCGGCACCGUGCGCGUGCGCAACCUGGCCUUCGAGAAGCAGGUGGCGGUGCGCUACUCGCUGUCGGGCUGGCGCAGCGCGCACGAGGCCGCGGCCCGCUGGCGGGGCCCCGCGGGCGCCCCGGGCGGCGCCGAGGACGUCUUCGCCUUCGCCUUCCCGGUGCCGCCCUUCCUGCUGCAGCCCGGCGCCCGCGUGCUCUUCGCCGUGCGCUACCGGGUGGCCGGGGCCGAGUACUGGGACAACAACGACCGCCGCGACUACAGCCUCACGUGCCGCAGCCACCCGCUGCGCCCGCCGCCCGGGGCGGGCGACGACAGCUGGAUCCACUUCAUCUGAGCCGCCGCGCCCCGCCGCCCCG